UUACCCUUGUGUUAUUAUCAGUCGUGAAACUACAGACUGGGUGGCUGCUCUUUUCCCUCCACACCUUUACAGGUGUUUAUAUGUUAAUUGCUUUUUCUCUGUUCAUCAUACACAAGCUCAGUUACCCCUCAACACUGUAAGCAUUCCAUGUUCGUUGAAUCUUCUUCAUGCUACUAUAGCGCAGAUCUUGUUGCAGACUCCAUUAAUGAUCUUAUUUUUUGGUUGUGAGAUCUUUAAUACAGAAGCUAACUAAGUUUGUCUCUGCUCUGUAUUUGAUCAACUCACUGGAUAUAUCUAUUCCAUGGCUGUUUAGAUCUCCUGGUUCACUUUUUCUUUUAACAAUCAGGGUAAAGCCCCGUUAAUGUUGCAGACAAUUAAUGCUCUUAUUUCUGGGCUGUGAGAUCUUGAAUUCAGAGGCUAACCCAGUUUGUUUCAGAUCAUCCAUGGCAGUUUAAGGUAUCCUAGUUUUUUUUUUAUCAACUGGGUAGGACCUGUUAAGAGAUUAUUUAGCAGAGUAAUUGGUGCGGCCAUGGGAGAUCUGGUGGAGAGAGCAAUUUUGAGAUCAAAAGGAUUUGAGAGCGGUUUAUGGGCUGCAAAGCUAGGUUUCAUAUGCAUUGGGAUUGUAUCGACUGUAAUUUUAUUCAAAUUGGCAGUAAUCCCAUACGCAGUCGAUUUCAUUUUCUCUUUUCUCUCUGCAGUUCCAACUUUCUGGUUCUCCAUUAAAGCCUGGCUUUCUCCUCCAUACAUUUACAUUAUCCUCAAUUUCAUUAUCAUCACUAUUGCUGCCUCUUCUUCUCUCCAUCACCAUAAUCACCCCAAUCAAACCAAACGCAGUAAAGCCAAAAUUUCCUUCCAUACCCACCUCAACCGCAGUCGCUCUGGAGAAAACAUCUGGAACGAAAACAACACAGAAGAAGAAAAAGGAGGAGGAAGAGAUGAGGAUGGGGAAGAACAAGUAGAAAACCCAAGUUUGUCAAUGGACAAACACGACGACGUAUCGGAGGAAAUAAGCUUAAAAGGAGAGGAGACUAUGGAGACGCUUGAGGAGACAUGGAAGAUGAUCACAGAGGGGAAGAAGAAGAAGGAGAGAACACUGAAGAAAAGCGACACGUGGGAGACGCCGCCGCCACGCGUGGUGCUCAGAACAACCGGUAACGUCGAGGAGGAAGACAAGGACGCGGUGGCUUGGGCGCAGAGGGAGCUGAGGAAAUCGGAGACGUUCAAUGAUACGACGUCGUUAAGAAGAGAGAAAUCGAUGAGUCAAGAUGAGUUGAAUCAGCGAGUUGAAGCGUUCAUUAAGAAUUUUAACAAGCAGAUAAGGUUGCAGAGGGAGGAAUCAGAACAGCGUUUCCUGGAAAAAGUUAAAUCAGGGAUUGAGUUUUAGUUAGUUAAUUAAUUAAUUAAUUAAAAGUUUGUGUUGAAGUCUUGCAAUGGCUACUUCAUAAUCUGUAAAUGUAAAUAUCAUAAUCAAUCCUUCUCGCCUCUCUCUCUCUCUCCAUUUUGUAAUCUUCUCCAUGUGUUGAAAAGUAUCUACUAGUAGAAGCACAAACAUCAA